UUCUCUUUAUAGCUCCCCUCCCUUCCCUUCCAAAGGGAGUUCAGUAACUGCUAUUAUCUCUCAACUCUCAAACCAAAAAGGUUCCUUCUUUUUUGUCAAAUCUUUCUCAAGAAAAAAAUGGCUUUGGAGAUCUGUGUCAAGGCUGCUGCUGGUGCUCUUGAUGUUCUUGGAGACUGUCCAUUCUGCCAAAGGGUUCUUCUUACUUUGGAGGAAAAGAAGGUUACUUACAAGAUGCACCUUGUCAAUCUUAGUGAUAGACCUCAAUGGUUCUUGGAGAUAAGUCCAGAAGGAAAGGUACCAGUGGUGAAGUUUGAUGACAAAUGGGUACCUGAUUCUGACGUGAUUGUUGGAAUUCUUGAAGAGAAGUACCCUGAGCCUUCUCUGAAAACACCACCUGAAUUUGCCUCUGUUGGAUCAAAAAUAUUUGGAACUUUUAUCACAUUUUUGAAGAGCAAGGAUGCAAAUGAUGGAUCUGAGCAGGCUCUGCUUAAUGAAUUAAAGACAUUGGAUGAGCAUCUUAAGGGACAGGGUCCAUUCAUUGCUGGGGAAAAGACCACUGCUGUUGAUUUAGGUUUGGGACCAAAGCUCUACCAUCUUGACGUUGCCCUUGGCCAUUUUAAGAAGUGGACUGUUCCUGAAAGCUUGACUUAUGUCCACAAUUACAUGAAGUCAAUUUUCUCUCGCGAAUCCUUUGUGAAAACGCAGGCUGCCAAGGAAUACGUGAUUGCUGGAUGGGCGCCUAAGGUCAAUGCAUGAAUUACUUCAAAAACAAUAAGGUUUUCAAACUCUAGAGUAUCAACUAUGAAGUGGGUGAGACUUUAUGUAAAACCAGAUGAACACUGAUUGCCUUAGUCAUCAAAUAAAUGUUUUAAUCUAUCAGUAGUACAGUAUCCAUGCUGCUAUAAAUUAGUAAAUUUUGGUCUGAUGUUGAAUGGUGGUUACUGAUGAUGGGAAGAGGGGAUUCGAAUUCUUCGACUUUGAGCAGGGAUCAUGCACCAGCCAAUUGAGUUAAAUGCUCAAGUGUCCUCUCUUUGAGCGGCAUGGGAGGGGAUCAUUUCACUUGUAAUUCUUUUUACUGCAAUUUUAUGAUUAUCGAAUCAUAAUAAAGAAUAAUGUUGGGUUGGGAUUCACCGCAUGUAAGUGUAGGCUUCGUAUCGGAUUUUACAUAAUUUUAAAUUAUUUUUUAUUAAUCGUAUGCAUUCCGGAGGGGAUUGCUUUUUGGGAGAUUUUUUCUGAAAAAGAUGAUGGAAUCAUGGAAAGAUAGGGUCAGUGGCCUACAAGGCAGAUCUUAAAACUUAGCAAGAAUC